UAUGUUUUAAAUACAAUCUGUUACUGUAAUAGACAAUCUUGCGAUAGAUUAUUUUGAACUUCGUGCUGCGUAAAAAGAUUCCACAGAAGAUUUCGAGAAUAACGAAGUAAAGCGGAAUUUUCCCUUUCCAGUCUAUGCCAAACGAGGCGUGCAAUUGACUCUCACCAGCUAGACGCAUCGUACAUUCUCAUGAAGCAAAGUUAGUUUUGUCGACCAUCUGCCACUGAUCAAUUUGAAACAGUGACGCGGGCUUUUCCGGUGACAAAUAGUACAAUUUGCGCGAGCGUCGUUAGUGCAGUGGACGCAAGUGCAAUCGUCUUUUCUUCGAGGAAUUGAAAGUGACGAAAAUGUCAUGGAAUUAAAUAUUAGAGCGAUGAUUGAUUAGAGAGUUAAAAAGAGAAAGAGACGAGAAGAAGGAAAUAAAAAAAGAAAAAAAGAUAAUUAACGAAAGGAAAAUCUAAUAUUCUCUUUUUGGAAUAAUGGGGAAUACAUUCCGUUGCAAGGCUAUGACUUGCUCAAAUAGAAAAGUAUUGCUAAUGUUCUGAUUUGGAAAGGAAAAAGUAAGAUGUGAAAAUUGUGGAAGGGAUUCCUUUCUCCAGAAGAUGUGCGAACAAGUUCCUGCAACAAACCAGAAUAUAGUCAGUACGGUUGAAACUUUCGCAGUACACACAUCUUACACGCAGAACCACGCUAUAAAAAUCAUCUUGACUAGUUUUGUUCGUCAGUGCUGUUUGCUUAUUUCUUUCGAAUCAAAUUGCUUGCCUUUAUAGGUGGACAAUCGUUAUUUAUAUAUAACACAGUGCUCUAAUGUGGACAUAAAAUAAUCAAAAUGAUUAACGAUUUUUCGAAUGAUAUUGCCCUGACAGAUAAAGUGGAGAAACGACUGCGAAUUAUUCUCAAUGAAGGUUCUAAAAAUAUAAUGGACUUCAACAAUAUGAAACCAGAAAUACCGUCUUUUUAUGACGAGAAGAAAUUUCGAUUGGGUCAGCAAGCCUUUCAUAAUAAUAUAUUCUCUAUGAUGAUUGCAAAACUUUGCGGCCUUGUAUCCCUUUUAGCAAUUUCAACUAUAUUGGAUGUAGUUAUGUUUACCAAAAAAAGUGGCACUCCUUGUUUGGCGUAUCGCAGAUAUGCAGAGACGGUGCUUCAUACAUGUGUAUGGCAUAAAAAGGAUCCCAACGGCAAACCAAAUGAAUUUUUAGAAUCCCUAAAAAUUGUUCGUCGAAAACACUGUGUUGCAUUCAAAAGAAGCACCGAGGCCGGAGUUCAUAAGCCAACGCAAUUGGACAUGGCACUCGCCCAGUUUGGAUUUGUCGGAUACAUUAUUGUAUGCGAGAAAUAUGUAGGAAUAAAUACCACUCCUGAAGAAAUGGAAGGUGUAGUGCAUCUCUGGAGGGUUAUUGGCAGUAUGCUUGGAAUAGACGACAAAUUUAAUAUCUGCGCGGGUACUGUUGAAGAAACUCGUGCUCUUUGCCAAAGAAUACUGGAAGAAGUUUUCGUUCCUUGCUUAGCAAAUAGAAAUAAGAACGAGCAUUUCGAUCAGAUGGGUAAUGUACUGCUGCAGAGUCUCUGGCCUAUCAACUUUGGUAUUGAGCCACUAGCGUACACUGCCUUCACACUUCAUAUGGUUUCUUCGACCGCGCGUAAUAAUAAUCAUUUCAUCGAAAUUGAUACUUCAUUUAUGCCGUUUUACAGCUGGUACUUGCUGAAUACAUAUCACUUUGUGUUGAAAUACUUAUUGCGACCUGAUGCUUGGUGGUCUCCAUUCUUUCGUGCGAUUUUUAAUACUUUAAUGCGUUUGCUUGAAAUUCGUGAAAGAGUAUACAAAAGUCAAUAUAUUUAA